UCGACCUCUGGACUGGCCUCCAGCACCAUGGACAGUGCCUUGGACAGCCUGGACGCUGCAGGUUUCUUACAGAUCUGGCAACAUUUCGACGUAGAUGAUAACGGUUAUAUCGAAGGAAACGAGCUGGACGCCUUCUUUCAACACAUGCUGGCAAAAUUUGGGCUGAAGAGGGAGGAAAUAACUGAGGACAAAAUCAGAAGACUGAGAGAAAGAUUCAUGUCCUCGUAUGACACCGCAGCUGACGGACGUCUGCAGAUACAAGAGCUGGCCACCAUGAUGCUGCCAGAAGAGGAGAACUUCCUGCUUCUGUUUCGCAGAGAGACGCCGCUGGACAACAGCGUGGAGUUCAUGAGGAUCUGGAGAAGCUAUGACACAGACAGCAGCGGCUACAUCUCAGCGAUUGAGCUCAAGGGCUUCCUUCAGGACCUCUUCCUCCAACACAGGAAGUCCAUCACCCCUGAUAAACUGGAGGAGUACACUGACGCCAUGAUGAAGAUGUUUGACAAAAAUAAGGAUGGCCGACUGGACUUAAAUGACCUGGCCAGAAUCUUGGCGCUGAAAGAGAACUUCUUACUGAAGUUUAAGAUGGAUGCUUGCAGUCAAGAGGACAGGAAGAGAGACUUUGAGAAGAUAUUUGCUCACUAUGAUGUUAGUAAGACAGGUGAGUUGGAGGGCCCUGAAGUGGAUGGAUUUGUCAAGGACAUGAUGGAGCUGGUGAAGCCCAGCAUCAGUGGCACAGACCUGGACAAGUUCAGGAAAGCCCUGAUGGGUCACUGUGACAUCAACAGAGACGGAAAGAUCCAGAAGAACGAGCUGGCUCUCUGCCUCGGCCUCAAACUCAGCUAACAGACCCUCACAACGUUUUUUCUUUCUUUCCUCCAUCACUAUUUACUUUCGACCUCCUCUCUUCCAACUUCCUACUUCUUUUUUUUCUAUUUUUCAAUUUUAAUAUGCAUCUUUUACUUUUUCCUCCCGAACUCCUUUCGUCUCUUUCCUGCCACCUGACUCAUUCCUUCUCCCAUCCUAAUUACUGGAAGUGUAUCUCCUCCCUUACCGGCUCUCAGUUUGGUCGAUGUAGCUACAUAUUUUAUGUUUGUUAAUAUGAACAAACUACAUUUCCAUAAUUUUAUAUAUUUUUCUGUAUUAAAACACCUAGCAGAGGUCAAAAUAGUGUGUAUUAAAUGUGGAUUUAUGCUACCAUGAUUAAAAUAUAGCUUUGAGUUAUAAGAUUAAAAAAAUAUCUAGUUGGAGUUUUCAUGACUGCAUGGCAUGCUGCAUCUUUGUAAUGUGUUAAUAUAUGAAACAGUGUUUGCAUGACAUUAUAGUGAAACCGGUAACAUGAAUGAUGGUUAAUAAAAUGUAUUCAACCUUUA